AUGGAGGAGCCUAAUGAGCAGGUCAACGUCGUUCCCGAGCUCUACUUUCUGAUAGCAAAAUUUCUCUCCGGUGGCCCUCUUAAAGAAACUGCAAAGGUAUUGCCGAGACGGCUCGACUGGGAGGGCAACGAACACGCGCAGUCAUAUGAUGAAUUGGCAGCUCAGUACAGCGACGUAUCAUGGACAAGGCUCGCAACAGUGUGCGAGCGCGCGCUGCAGUUAGCCAGCUACAACGGUACCAUCUACGGCAACACUGUCACUACCACCGCCAGCAACGCUAUCACGAACAGUCCCAACACCAGCACUAGCAACAGUGACAACAGCGCGGUCAGCGUCAGCACGAGUCCCGUCACCACCAGUUGCAACGGCGGCAAUGAUCACCAGCGACUGCAGUUGCGGGCUCGGCUCUCUCUGCUCAGCGAGUCGCUGGUGCGGCCCAAGCCUCAGUCCUCAGUCUAUAAGCAGGAUAAUACACUUGGUGAGUAA